UGAUAAUCCAGACAGUGGCGGUACCGAGUGCCAUAUGCAUCGAUCACCAGCUGAUAAACGAUGGGUGACCGAGAUGGCAGCAAGGUGAAUGGGUUCCUGAUUGUGGUCAGGAUGGCGGGCCAAGGCAUGAGCGAUGCGAUAAGCUCAAUGCCAAAGAGCGCAUACAACCGAUAUAGCAUCGACUUCUCGGAUCCCAAUACCCUUAUCCGCCGCAUCGAUCAGAUGCGGAAGGAAAGGGAAGCACGAUUUGAGGAGUUCCGAGCAUGGAGGGCGCAAGAGGAGGUUCGCGAGUGCACGUUCACACCAGCAAUCAAGGAGAACGUACCUAAGAACCAUGGCCCUGUUGUCGUCUGUGGCCUUGGCCGAUACUUUGAGCUGCGUGAAAUUGCACGGCGAUUGGAGAGCGAAAGGCAGGAGAGAGAGAAGAAGGUGUUCCUAUCUCAGUGCUCUGAAUCAGAUCUGAUUUGAUGGUGGAAUCGGAACCGGACUGAUGCACCUCAUAAUAAUGGAUAUGGACUACUAUGGAGCCAGAACCAUUAAGCUGAGGUGCCAAUUCGCCAAAAGCUCAUAUAGUAUAAUAGUACACAUAUACUGAGAAAACAAAUGGGCACACAGGCUACUGCAGAAUCUGAUACUGAACCAAAUACGAUCAGACAACUGCAAAAUUAAUGGGAGUCUUGCACUUUGAAGUUUGAAUCAAAUGGCAUUGUAUACUCAAUUUGAAAUUCAACGUUGCACACGCGAAACGAAAUGAAAGUUAUGAAACGGA